GGCCCGGACCGGGACGGGACCGCCGCGCCGCCGCCCGCCCGCCCAGUCCAGACCUGCCUGUCCGUGUGUACAGUGAUCACCUCUCGCAGCGUCUCGCAGUGCCCCGCGGUCCAAACCGCCCCCCCGCGACGUGACCAUGUGACAGUGAUUCAAGUGUUUGCCAUUUCUGUGGACAUUCGAAUUUAAGUGCAUCAACCGAACAAAUGGAGGAGAGCCCCUCGGCAGCCCCGGGGACAGGCCGGUGGCAUCAGCAGAGUGAUGGGCAGAGCAAAGGGCGUCCGCCGGACCACCUGUCGACAAAGGACAUAAAGACCACAGUGGACGAGAAUGACAACCUCGCCAGCGAUACCAUUGAUAACCACGACGGCAGCGUGGCGCCGCCCCGGGAGUUCGAUGAGGACAUGGGCUUGGAGUCGCUGACGGAGGCCCUCAAGAGGGAGCAGGAGCGCAUCGCCCGCUGGGACGCGGCCGACCUGGUGGUGAUAUCGGACCUCAAGGACGGCGACCAUGACGGCCACCCCGUGGUCCCGGAGGCCGGCGACGUCCGCGAGGCCGCGCCUUGCGGCAGCACGGACAGCGGCGCCACGGUGGGGCAGUUGUCGGAGUCCUUCGUGCGCCGCUCCAUCUCCAUGUCCAUCUCGCCGCCCAGCCGCGGCAGCAGCGCGGCGCGGUCGCCGCGGACCCGACGGCGGAGCCACAGCGACAGCGAUGUCGGCCCCAGCCGCCGGCCCUCGCGGUCCAGGAGUCGCAGCCCCAGCAAGAACAGCUCCAGCAGCCGCUGCCGGCAGCGCUCUAGAAGCAGAAGCUCGGACCGAUCCAGGAGCCGCAGCCGCCGGCGCUCGUCUAGCCGAAGCAGGAGGCGGUCUAGGAGCCGCAGCCGCUGGCGGUCCAGCAGCCGCGGCAGGAGACGCAGCCGCAGUCGUCGGCGCUCCACGAGCCGCUCGCGGAGCCGCAGCAGGAAGAGCGUCAGGAGCCGCAGCAAGAGCAGCAAGCGCAGCAGGCGCGCGCGGAAGCGGUCAGGCCGCGAGAAGCGUAGCCGGCGACACCGUUCGCGGCGCAGCAGCACCAGCCGAAGCUCGAGCAGGGACCGCAGCCCGGACCGCAGCCCGGACCGCAUCGUGACCCGCUGCAUCGUGGACCAGGGCCGGCGCAGUCCCGCCACGAGGCGCGGGCGAGGCCGAGGCCGCGGCGGCCGCAUCAACAUCAACCUUAGAGACAUCAACCUGCGGAAGGGCUUCCUCAGCCCCGACGGCCAGGGUCCAGCCGGGCACCAGGACGCCGACGACGGCGUGGCCGACAGUAUGCGGGUGGUCCUCCGCAGGGUGCAGGAGAUCAACGACAAGCUGGCGGACAGCGAACCGCCCCCUCCGGAGCCCGCGCCCGAAGCCCCGCCCGUGCUGACGCCCAUCAUCAUCAAGUUGGAAAGGAUCCAGACGCCGGCCAGGACGCCAACCGCCACGCCGAGGACCCCGUCCACGGCGGAGACGGUCUUGUUGAAGCGGGAGCGCAGCCGCACCCCGGCCGCCAAGCACAAGAAGCAGAGCCCCGCGUACCGCAUCAAGGUAGAGCCGAACCGAACGCCCGUCAAGAGGGAGUCAGCUAGUCAGCACGGCGGCGACUCGACCAAGGCGGCUUCGGCAAGUCACCGGGACGCCAAGCAGGUGAAGAAGGAUCCUACGAGUGCUGCGAAGAGCUACGUCAAGAAGGAAGUCUCGGUUCCUGGGAUAGAGCUCGUCAAGAAAGAAUUGUUGGUUGGAGGAAUCGACGCAGUCAAGAAGGACGCCUCGGUUGUCGGAAGUGGGGAUCUCAAGAGCGCGAUGCAGAGCCGCUGGGAUGCAAAGUUCGCGUAUGCAAGACCAGCCACUCCUAUGGCCGCGGCCGUCUCCAAGGAGACUGCCACCUGCAAGGAGACUGCUGUGUCGAAGGAAACCACCGCCCCGACGGAAACUGCCAUCCUCAAGGAGACGGCCAUCUCCAAGGAGACUGUCGUUUUGAAGGAGACUGCUGUCUUGAAGGAGACUAGCUCGAAGGACGCCGUCGCGACGGUCGCCGGUGCCGAGGGCGACGCUGCGAAGGUCGCCACGACGAAGAAGGACGGCUCGGCCGCUUCUAACGGGAAGCGGGAUAGAGCUAGCCGGAGCCCCAGCAGGGGCAGCGACGGCGGCCCGGCCAAGAAGACGGCGCUCUCGGAGGAGCGGGCGUCCAACUCGCCCUUCUCCAGCCCGACUCGGCCGGACAGCCGCAGCUCGACGCGCACGGACAGCCGCAGCUCGACGCGCAGCAUCGGCUUCAGGAUGCAGAGCGACACCAGCGACCCCGAGGAAGGCUACAGCUUGCUGGACCGCCUGACGGGCCUGGCGGGGCGGUCGCGUGGCGCGAGGCGGGGUCGUGGGGGCGGCCUUGGGGGUGGCGGAGGCGGCCUUGGCAGUGGCGGAGGCGGCCUUGGAAGUGGCGGAGGCGGCCUUGGAGGUGGCGGAGGCGGCCUUGGCAGUGGCGGAGGCGGCCUUGGGACUCGCGGCGGAGGCCAUCGGAGCCGAGGUGGAGGCCUUGGAAGCUACGGCGGCGGUCUUGGGAGUCGCGACAGCCGCUCCCGGCAUUAUGGCAGUGGUCCGCGCGGCCACCCCUUGAUGUGCAAUCUAUGCCAGAAUCACGGACUUGAGGUCAAGUUCUCGCCGAUGCACAAGCGGGUGUGCCCCUACUUCUCGUGCUGCUGCGACCUGUGCAUCGCCACCAUCCUGCGCCAGACCCGCGACUCCAAGAGCGUGGACAGGUUCCUGGAGAAGCAGGACGUCUUGCAAGAGGAGCUGCGCCGCGGGAUGAAGCUGGGCCGCCAGCGGUCGCCGCCGCCGCGCACCGUGUCCUGCGUCUACUGCCGCAACCACGGCUACCAUAAGGGCUUCACGUUCGUCCACAAGACGAGCUGCGCGCUCAAGCGCUCCUGCACCUGCGAGGACUGCUUGAGGGCGACGGUGCGGCUGCGCGCCAAGACUUCGGCUCGCAUGAGGCGCGUGUGUCCGCACUGCGAGCGUCACAACCUCCGCGUGGCCUACGCCUACCACAAAUGCCCCUUCGCGGACUGCGCCUGCGUGCUGUGCUACCGCCCUCCCAGGGCGCCUCGCCUCGCCGCGCCCGGCACCCUCGUGGCCUCGUACGGCAGCGACCAGGACGCUGACGAGGAAGGGGACAAGCAGCCGGACAAGGCGGACCUUUUGAAGCAAGCCCGCCAGGACAGCGACAGGAAGGACGACCGCGCGUCGCCAGCGAGCGUCCCGGACGAUAUCGGCUUCUUCAGGAAGGUUGCCCUUCCUCGCCAGGAGGCGGCCCGACGCCAGUCAGCGGCCGCGGCGGCAAAACGUGACGCUCUCCGCGCCGGCCCCUGCGACCUGCCUCCUGUCCCCGGUGUAGACGACGCCCCGGAGACCGCGGGCAGCAAGGCUCCAGGCCGGCGAUCACUGCCCACACCGCCACCGCCUGCUGCAAGCACCGCGACGUCUCCAAAACCCGUGCCGCCGCCUGUGGCGCCUAGCAGCGUCCCUUGUCCACCGCCUGGCUCGCCACCGAGACCUGUGCCGCCGCCAAGCUUGCCACCAGGCCCACCGCCUUGCGCACCGCCCCCGGCCACCGCGCGGCCGCCGUCGGCCACGGAGGAGAGCGUGGACGCCAUCUCGGCCUUCUUGCUCAACAGCAGCGCGGCGCCGGAGGCCGCCGUCGACGGCCGCGUCACCCCCAUCGAGGACAUCGACCUGGAGGCCCUGCUCGACGACCUCGAGGAGGAGGACUUCGGGUCUGCAGAUGAGAGCACAGAGGCCACAGCCGCGCCCCCCGAGAAGGCCGUCGCGGACGUGGCGAAGCCCCCUAAGAAGACCGCCUUGGCUUCUCCGAAACGCCUCGCGCCCACGCGUCGGACUUCUCCUCGACGGCCACCCGUCGACGGCGACGUCCGGCGGCCAGGCAGGCCUUCCCUGUCGUCCCCCAGGACUCCGCAGCGGGCGUCGCGUUCGCCGAGGGGCAGUCCACGGCGGGGCAGUCCUCGGCGGGGCCCCACAUCGCGGCCAAGGUGCUCUGCGACGUCACCCCGCACGCCCCGCACGCCGCCCUCCGCGCGCCUCAUGCCCGUCGCGGUGCCCAUCUCGCCCGCGUCCUCCGGGCGGCGCCGUAGGGGUGCGCAGCGCAGCCCGCGGCAGUGCCAGCUCUGCCGGAACCACGGCCUGGAGUCGGCCUGGGGCAACGGCCACGCCCGGGAGUGUCCGUACCGCACGUGCGACUGCGAGGGCUGCCGCGCCACCCUCGACAAGAGGAGGGAGAACGCCGCUUACAGGAGAAACGGGGAGCGCCCCGCCAGAGCCCAGCGGGGGCUGAAACCGUGCGUCCGCUGCCGCCACCACGGGUUGUUCAACCCCGUGGACGAGAUCGGCGUUCGCCACCUGUGCAAGUUCAGCCAGUGUCGGUGCGGCUGCGACCCCGCCAUGAGAAGUGAAGACGAGAAAUGUGAUCUAAAACCAAAGCGUGAAGUUGACCAAAAGAGUGAAAUUGACCAAAAGUGUGAUAUUGACCAAAAGUGUGAAAUUGAUCCAAAGAAAGAAGUUGACCGUGAUAUCGACCAAAAGUUUGACAUUGACCUAAAAUAUAAAAUUGACCAAAAGUUUGAAAUAGAUCCCGAGUGUGAAGUUGACCAAAAUUCUAACAGAUUAGAUACGACUGCAGUGACGACCGACAAAGUGUCCAGCGGCGCGCUGGCCGAGGAGAAGCAGGACCUUGUCGUGUUCGUGCACGCCGAGGUGCCCGAGACCGCGGCGGGCGCGGAGGCUGACUCUGGCGAGGAGGACGACGCCGAAGAUCCGUUCUCUCUGGUGAUCGACCUGGACUCUGCGCCGGCCACGCCGGCUGCGGCCACCACUGACGACGACAAGGUCGAGGCCAAGGUGGCCAAGAAGAGGCCUUCUGUGGACGUGAACUGCCGGCCGUAUGUGGACGGGAUGGAGGGGCCUUCCCUGGAGGCGAGGGGGAGGGAGGGCGCCCUCCUGGAGCCGUCCCCUCUCUUCCAGGUCAGGUACUGCGCGUUCUGCCGAAAUCACGACAAAGAAGUGAAGCUGCGCGGCCACAAGGGCCACUGCCCCUACCGCUACCUGUGCGACUGCGCGGCCUGCCGCAAGAGGAACUUGAUGCUGCCCAGCGCGCGCUUUGCCGGCGUCACGGCCUCCCCCAGGAGAGGCGCCGCCGCGCGAUGA